AUGCUGGGUCGAGGUAGCUGCGGUCAGAGUGGCCCCUGGGCCGUUUGCGUUCGGGUGUCUGUGCGGUGGGUGUCGCGGCGGCGGAUCGCGUACCCUGGGUACCCUUUCCGGCGUCUGGCGAGGGAGCCCUCGAAGGCGCACGACACGAACUUGAAGGCCGCCAUGAGGGAGUUCCUUGGUCCGCGGAACUAUAGAGGGGAGUACGCUUUGAACAAGUACAGCGGGUUCCCCAUGGGGAACAAACCGCUGUACGUGCAACCGGGGAGGGAGCGCGGGGUUGUGCUGCGGAACCCUCUGACUGGGACCCCGCUCAGGGAGAACCAGAGGGGCCAGUUGGAGGAGACGAAGGUGGAAGAGGGUAGUCGUGGUGGUGGUGGCCGUGACGCUGGUUUGAGGCCCUUUCCUGCGAACAAGUUCUGCAGGACGAACCUGAUGGUGCCCGAGUCCCUCAAGCGCGAGUUGUUCGAGGAGAUAGAGGUGCGUGGAGUGUCCACGCAGGACGUGGCACAGCGGCACGGAUUGAAGGUCCCGCGCGUGGAGGCCCUUGUGAAGUUAUACCGUCUCGAGAUGCAAUUGCCCUCGCACAAGAAACGAAGCGGAGACCUGAACAAGUUCUCACAGGCGAUGGAGGCGUACUUCCCACUGUUCCGUGGUGACGGCGGUGGGCCCCGUGAGAACCUUACCGAGAUUCCGACCCCAGCGAGAGCGAAACAGUCGCGGUUCGCGACCAUCGCCGAGUCUGAACCGUUUGGUCCACUGGACGCCGCAGCCAUACUCGAACUGGAACCGGCAGAGGUCACACUGCAGCGACUGUCGACGCAGGGGGAGCACUCCUCCUCGUCAGCACAGAGCAGUAGGCGUACCCAGCGGGUCGUACUCGGAGAGUUGCAACUGCACGAGCGCAGCAGGUUCCAGUUCAAAGAUGUCCCCGCGUCCCGUGUCGCACACCGCUACGGCAGCGGGAACAGGGACAACAAGAGGGACCGUGCCAUUGGGUUCGACACGCAGGGACACAUGGUGUACCUGUGA